CCGCCCCGCCCCGCCCCCCUCUCACUCUCUCACACACACACACACACUAUGGAAACCCCCAACAAGAUAACAUGAGUAACUACCACUGGCACGCUUAUAAGAGGAUAUAAGACAAGACACGGCACGAAAGAGGGACCAAGAGGAAAACAAGAGGAAAAACUGCUAAAGAGAGAGAAAGAGACAAGAGGAGGAAGAUUGAGAGCUAUAUACGAGGGAAAAGCGAGGAAAAAUAUGCCCAUUUCUCCUCUCUAAUAAAUAUACAGGUCACCACACACCAAGACACGUUGCGAAGGCGAUGAGUGUGAGUUUGAUGCGCGUUGUGGCUCCAGGUGGUGAUGGCGGUGGUGAGGGCACUCUGCUUGGUGACCUUGGUGCCCAGGUGACCCUCCCCCUGGUGCUCGGCAGGGGGUCAUUACUCAAGUGUGGGGACAAGAGAGUGUCACGCCGGCAUGCCUACCUGGACUGGGAUGACUCUGGGCUGCUGCUCACUGCGGUGCACCAAGCCCCGACAUUUGCCAUGGUGGGUGGUGGAGCGGUGGAGGAGGUGACGGUGGGCAGCUCUGUGGUUCUCUCUCACGGCGACCAGUUUGGCUUCCUCCGCGACAAGUUUUGGUACAUGAUAAAACUUCCAAGCUCGGUGGUCAGCAAAGAGGAAACACUGGCUGGGAAACAAGAGGAAGAGCAGAAGGAAGAUAAAGAUAAGAAGAUGGAAGAGAUAAAUCAAGAAAAGAGAGAAGUAGAAGAUAGGAUGGAGGUGAAGAGAAAUAAUGAUGAAAGAAGAGGAGAGAAGGAAAAUAAGAUGGAGGAGGAGAGAAGAGAGAAGGAAAAUGAGGAGAAAAGGAGGAAAGAAGAGGAAGAAGAUAAGGUUGACAGCAGAGAAACAUUAGAAGAGGAGAGAAAUAAAGAGGAAACAAGAAGAGGAGAGGAAGAAAGUGGGGUGAAAGGGAGGAAAGAAGAGGAGGAAGACAAAGUGGAGAGAAAGUGGAAUGGUAACACACUGCAGAACACCACCACUGCCACCACCACCACCACCGCCACCACCACAUUAGAGGAGAGAAGAUUAAAUGGUGAAGGAGAAACAGGAGGAGGAAAUAAUUUGUCUCCUCCUCCAUCUCCUCCUCCUUCCUCCACCUCUUCCACUUCCUCCAAACCUUCUUCUCCCAAAUCAGUGAAAGAGGAGUCCAGCAACAAGAGAGGCAGAAACCUUCCUAGUUGGCUGCAGCAUAACACAGCCACCCCUGCCCCCAACACCACCACUGCACCCCCCACAGCCACCACCAAGGGUAGGAAGAGACGUCCCAGGGCAAACGCCACCACCCCCACCCCAGUUGCCACCACCACCACUGUCGCCGCCCCUGCACAGGCAGACGAGGAGCUGUUCCGCCUCAACAUAGCGGCCAAGAGGCAGCGGAAGGGAACUGCACAGCGCGGCGGAGACUUAAAGGCACUGAAGUCACCACAGCGGCCACAGAAGCAGACCUCACCAGGGAAAGGAAGAGGAGGAGGAGGAGGAGGAGGAACCACCACCACCAUCACCACCACCACCACCACUACACCCCAAUCCACACCUAAGAAGGAAGAAAAGGAAGAGUUAGCAGCUGGAGGAGGGGGUGGUGGAGGUGAUGAUGGUUCUAAUCCCCCCCAAGGUGUCCCAUCCUCAGCAGCCUCCCCAGCAGCCCCCACCGCCGGCAGGAAACGCCCCAGACCAUCGUGUCAGUAUGGGGCUAACUGCUACAGGAAAAACCCAGCACACAGGCAGCAGGAGGCCCACCCAGGGGACUUAGACUACCACUCUGAUGAUGGUGAUGAUGGUGAUGAGUGUGAGUAUGGUGUUGACUGCUACAGGAAGAACUCACAGCAUCGUAAGGACUUCAGGCAUGGUAGAAUCCCACAGCCACAGCGGAGAGCCAAGAGGAAAGCCCGGCAGCAGAAGGGGAAGCAGGCAGGGGAAGGCGAUGGAGACGAUGAUGACUAUGAUUAUGAUGACCCUUUCCUCGACGACGGCAGCUCAGAUGACUACGCCCCCACUGAUGAAUCCUCCGACUCCGCCCCUGAGCCCAGCCAGGACAUGGAUGAGGAGGACACCAGGAGGAUGAUGAAGGAGGCUAAGAAGUUUGUCAAGAAGAGGAGGUAGAAAGGAGAUAGGAAGGAAGAAGAGGAGGAGGUAGAAAGGAGAAGAGGAGGAGGAAGAUUUGAAAGGUUAGGAAGGUUUUUUUUUUUCAAGAAGAGGAAGAGUAGGAAGAGGAAAAUGAGUAGAAUAAAGAGGAGGAUGAAGGAAGAAGAGUAGUAAUAGGUAAAAAGAAGAGGAGGAGGAAGAUUUGAAAGAUUAGGAAGUGUUUUUUUUUCAAGAAGAGGAAGUGGAGGAGAAAUGAAGAGUAGGAAGAGGAAAAUCAGUAGAAUAAAGAGGAGGUAGUCAGGAAGUGAAGAAGAGGAGGAAGAUUUGAAAGGUUUGGAAGUUUUUGUCAAGAAGAGAAAGUGAAGAGAAGGAAAAAGAUGAAGAGUAGGAAGAAGAAAAUAAGUAGAAUAAAGAGGAGAAGAUUAGGAAACGGCAAAGAUGAGGAGGAAAAAGAAAGAUAAGGGAGAGGAAGUUUAGUAAGAAGAGGAAGAUGAAUAAAGAGGAGGCAGUCAGGACGGAGGCAAAAUAUGAAGGAGGAGAGAGAAAGAAGAGGAUAAAGAAGAUUUGAAGAAACCAGUUAAGUAUCUAGAAAAGGAAAUAAAGAGGAAGAAUAAGGAAAACAAGACAAAAAAGAGGAAGAAGACAAAAAAAGAGGGAAGAGGAGGAAAGAGGAAGAAUAAGAAAAAGACAAAAAGAGGGAAGAGGAACAGGAAAGAGGAAGAAUAAAAAAAAAAGGAGGAGGAGGAAGAAGCAGAUUAAGUUUGUAAAUGGAAAAAGAGGAAGAGAAAGAAGGGGAGUAAGAGGAUUAAGACUACAAGGAAAUAUAAUAAAGGUGAUAGGAAUUAGAGAGAGAGAGUGUGUGUGUGUGUGUGUGUCCGGUGACUAUCUUUUCACAAUUUAGAGUGUAAUGUUCAUUGUUAUUGCAGUAAAACUCUAAUUAAUUCAUAUGUUUUGCUCUAUAUAGUAUUGGAUUCUGUGUAGUAAUAGAUACAUAAUAUAUAUUUUCACCACUA